AACAACAACAACAGCAACAACUUGACUGCAACACAGUCGCCGUCGCGCCAUUGCCAUUUGCAUUUAAUUGUUGUGAUUAUCUUGGCCUGCUGCACACGGUGGUUGUAUGGCUUGCCGGAUGGACGCGCCACUUGUCGCUCGGUGCCAGGCCUAACCAAAGAUCAGGUGGAGCUCUGCUACAAGGCAAGUGAUGUAACAGCCGCAGCUCUGGAGGGCCUGGAUAUGGCCAUACGUGAAUGCCAGAUACAGUUUCAGUGGCAUCGCUGGAACUGCUCGUCCCUCAGCACAAAGAGCCGCAAUCCGCACGCCUCGAAUCUGCUCAAGAAAGGCUAUCGGGAGAGUGCAUUUGCCUUUGCCAUUUCAGCUGCUGGCGUUGCUCACAGUGUGGCGCGCGCCUGCAGCCAAGGACGCCUGAUGUCCUGCGGCUGUGAUCCGACCAUCAAUCGCAAGACGCUCAACAAGAACCUGCGCCAGUCCCUGGACAAGGAGAAAAAGCAGUUUCUUCAGUAUCUGGAAACGAAUCAAAUCCUAACGCCCGAGGAGGAGAAGACAUAUGAACGAUCCAAAAUCGCCAGUCGCUGGAAAUGGGGCGGCUGCUCCCACAACAUGGACUUUGGCGUCGAAUACUCCAAGUUAUUUCUAGAUUGUCGCGAAAAAGCUGGCGAUAUACAAUCCAAAAUCAAUCUGCACAACAAUCAUGCAGGCCGAAUGGCCGUAUCGAAUAACAUGGAGUUUCGCUGUAAGUGCCACGGCAUGUCGGGCAGCUGUCAGCUUAAGACGUGCUGGAAAUCUGCGCCCGACUUUCAUAUUGUGGGCAAAGUGCUGAAGCAUCAGUUUCGCAAGGCCAUCCUGGUCGAUCAGUCCAAUCUGGGCAAUGGGGAGCCAAUCGUGGUGCUGAAGCGCUCGCGCAAUAAGAAAUCGAAUGGAGGCAACAGCGCUGGCAGCUCCACAGAUAUGGCUGGCGCCGAUGCGUCUGCCACGCUGACGGGCAGUGGCAGCCAAAGCGAUCUGGACGCCGAGCAGGGCGCACGACAGCCCAAAGCCGAUAAGAACGCUGCGCGCAUGGCCCGAAAGCUGGAGACGUCGCUCUUCUAUUAUCAGCGCUCGCCGAACUUUUGCGAACGCGAUCUGAGCGCAGAUAUUCAGGGUACAAUUGGUCGCAAAUGCAAUCGCAAUAGCACGACCAGCGAUAGCUGCGCCUCUCUCUGCUGUGGGCGUGGUCACAGUCAAGUGAAGGAACGACGCGCCGAACGCUGCCGCUGUAAAUUCCAAUGGUGCUGCAGCGUCGAGUGCGAUGAGUGCCAUGUGGAGGAGUGGAUAAGUGUGUGCAACUAAGCCCCUUGCCGCUGCCCAAGACAACUGAUAAAAGACUGCUCUUCAAUUAGCAAACAGCAGCAGCUAAA